UAUAUAUAAUAUAUUUUGAAGUCGUUCAUAGUCGUUCAGUCUUCCCAAGACUAAACCAGGUUUGUGAAGUGAGGACAAGAAUUCAUGUGGACAAAUCUUCCCUUCGUUAUGUACGCGUUUCCACUCAAAUUACCUUCGGAGCAAUCCUGCCGACACGCGGAAAGACACAGACUUAAGAGAUUUCCGAGAGAUUUCUGAAAGAGAGCCGAAGCUUCGGAGUCAAUGAAGACUUCAUAUUUUAAAUAAAUCCCCAAAAUUAUAAGAUGGUGGCCAUCAUCAACCGAGUUAAUUACCUUCACAUACACGGCAAUCAUCAGAUAGCAAGGGAGGAAAACGAAGUCCAUAAAGCAAUCCAGCCACCAUGUCUGAAUCCGAAACCUACGUAGUUGCAACGUUGUCCUCAUCAUCAGGACAGCCAGAAGACAAACAGGAUCCCUCUCAGUGUCCACGGCGGCGCCUGCCAGGAUGGGAGGGCAACGAGAGCAACACACUUCUCGUGGUGGCGACUCUGAUCACGGCGUUAACGUACCAGGUGGGAACCAACAUCCCUGGUGGCUGCUGGCAGGACGACAAGGUGGGCGACCAUACUGCGGGGGACCCCAUCAUGCGCGACAGGCACCGGAAGCGGUACUGGCUCUUCAUGACCGCCAGUUGGAUGGGCUUCGGCAGCUCGAUGCUCAUGACCGUGUAUUUGCUCACCGGAGUGCCGGUGAACUCUCGCCGGGUCCGGUGGCCGUUCGUGGUAGCUUACUCCAGCCUCAUGCUGACCUUCAUCACCUCGCAGCCAAGGACUUCGCUCGUCAUGGACCUGGCCCUCUGGGUCUGCCUCCUGCUUUUCCUAUGGGUUGCUAUCAGCUUCAAAAACUUGGAAGAGAGGUUCUGUUGGCGAGCUUCUUUCGAUAGAAUGAAGAACUCUUUCAAGGGAUAUUGCUGAUGGCUGGUUGUUCCAGAUGAUGAGAUCAAAUUUUUGAGGCCAAGAGGACUUUGAAACUGCCGUUUGGUAUCCUUUUGCAGGUUGAGGGCUUCCUUCCCACUUUGUUAUAAAUAGAAAUUAGAAUUUGCCGUGUAGUUUGAUGCGCCAACCAGUACAUUGCUGUGCACAUUAUGUUCUUGUAUGUAACGGGGAUGAACGAAGAAACUAUGCGCCAUGAGCUGUUGUUGUGUUGUUGCAAUUAUUAGGACAAAUUCAAUAGUAGCCUAUUUCAAGAUUAAGCGGUUGAUGUUUUUUUUUCCC